UUGUAUUUAUCAUCUAUUCUUUCAGCGCGCUCGAAGCCUUCCCUCGCGCGUCGCGGUGCCAGAGCGCGGCCAACCUCGUCCGUACCUCACACCUCGACGCGCCGAAGCAUGCGCGCCGCGACGUCGCCGCGGGUUCGCGCCGCCCUACGGCCGUCGACGCGUCUUUCGCGCGUGCGCACAUCGCGCGCGACUCACACGCGCGCGGAGCCGUCGAAAAGCGAGGAAAAGGCGUCGAAAGACGCGCAAGAUGAAGAUGACGCGUUCGCGAUUGAUUUAUCCGUCGACGUCGAAAAGGAGUUCAAACGCGGCCUGGAGUUCGGGAACACUGAAGUGCGCGCGCGCUUCCGCCCAGAGGCGAUCUCUGAAGUCGACCGCGGGUUGCCGAUCGCGGAUUCGCUCGUCGCGGUGUCCGCGCAGGUGCUCGUGGCGGUGGCGGCGCUCAGCGCGGGAAACAUUCCGUCGUGGUUGGCGCCGAUUGGACCGAGGUGGCGUGGAUUAGCGUAUUUGUUGCCCGCAAUCGUGCAUGGGGCGAAAUUAGCGAGCGUGUGGGUCGUGGGGGGGCUGGCGGGGAAGGCGUACGAGCGGAAGGCGUUCGAUGGGACGUUUCGGGAGGCUAUGCGACGAACGGUGAGCGGCGGAUGUUUCGCCGUGGGGCUGCUGAUAUUUAUCACGCAGAUUGAAGUGGCGCAUAAGUUUCACGAGUUAGGGUUGGGAGAUCCCGUGCUUGAAUCGUCGCCCGAGGGUGAUUUAGUGAUAAAUGGAGCACUGUCUGAGCUUUUGGUUGACAUCUUCAGCGAAGCCGGCGCGUUGCUGACGUGGCGAGCGAUUAGGUGGAACACGUCGCCGACUGAUCCGGCAUCAUUGCUGGAGGAGGAAGAGUAG